UGCUUUGCAGUGUUUAGGACCAGAUCGAUUGGAGGGAGUAGGGUCCAAGACAGAGUUUGUUCUCCUCUGGGCCUUUCUCCCUGCAGCAUGAGGAAGAGCAAACUUCUUCAACCAAGUCUUGUUCUCCUCUUCCUGAUCCUCCUGCCCACAGAUGCCUCCAUCUCUGGAAAACCACAAUAUAUGGUGCUGGUCCCCUCCCUGCUCCACAGUGGGACCUCUGAGAAGGCCUGUGUACUUCUGAGCAACCUGAAUGAAACAGUGACUGUAAGUGUCUCCUUGGAGGCUCUAAGGGAAAACAGGAGCCUUUUCACUGACCUGGUGGCACAGAAGGACUUAUUCCACUGCAUCUCCUUCACUGUUCCACAGUCUUCAUCCAGAGAGGAGGUAAUGUUCCUCACUGUCCAAGUGAAAGGACCAACUCAAGAAUUCAGGAAGCGGAGCACAGUGGUGGUUAAAAACCAAAAGAGUCUGGUCUUUGUCCAAACAGAUAAACCUAUCUACAAACCAGGACAGACAGUGAAGUUUCGCAUUGUCUCAUUGGAUGAAAACUUUCACCCCCUGAAUGACUUGAUACCACUACUAUAUAUUAAGGAUCCCAAAGGAAAUCGAAUUAUACAAUGGCAGAAUCUCAAGAUAGAGAGUGGUCUCAAACAGCUGUCCUUUCCCCUCUCAUCGGAGCCCCUUCAGGGCAUCUACAAUGUUGUGGUACAGAAGGAAUCAAGUGGAACAACAGAACACCCCUUUGCUGUGGAGGAAUUUGUGCUUCCCAAGUUUGAAGUGCAAGUAACAAUGCCAAAGAUAAUCACUAUCAUGGAAGAAGAGGUGAACGUGUCAGUGUGUGGCCUAUACACAUAUGGGAAGCCUGUCCCAGGACAUGUGACUAUGAGCAUUUGCAGAAAGUAUAAUAAUCCUUCUAACUGUUUUGGUGAAGAGUCAGAAGCUUUCUGUGAGAAAUUCAGCCAGAAGCUCAACAGCCAUGGCUGCUUCUUCCAACAAGUAAAAACCACUAUCUUCCACCUGAAGAAGACAGGGUAUGAAAUGCAACUGCAGGUGGAGGCCAAGAUCCAAGAAGAAGGAACUGGUGUGGAAGUAACAGGAAGAGGGUCCAGUGAAAUCACAAACACCAUAACCAAGCUCUCAUUUGUGUCAGUGGACUCACAUGUUAGACAAGGGAUCCCCUUCUUUGGACAGGUGCGCCUUGUGGAUGCGAAAGGCAUCCCUAUGCCAAAUAAAAUCAUCUUCAUCACAGCAAAUGAAGCUAACUAUCACUCAAAUGCUACCACGAAUGAGGAUGGCCUGGUGCAGUUCUCCAUCAACACCACCAACAUUAUAGAUACCUUUCUUAAUAUCAUGGUCAAAUACAAGGAUCACAGCUCCUGCUAUAGCCACCAGUGGCUCUCAGAGGAAAAUGAGAAUGCAUAUCACACUGCUAAUGUUGUGUUCUCCCUGAGCAAAAGCUUUAUUCACCUUGAACCUCUUCCUGGUAAACUGCCAUGUGGCCAAUCUCAGACAGUCCAGGCACAUUAUCUUCUAAAUGAACAGGUCCUACAGGAGCAGAAGCAGCUCGUCUUCUAUUAUCUGAUAAUGGCAAAGGGAGGCAUUGUCCGAACUGGGACUCAUGUCCUGCCUGUGGAGCAGGGAGACAUGAAAGGCCAUUUUUCCGUGACCUUCCUUGUGGAGUCAGACUUGGCUCCGAUUGCUCGAUUGCUGAUCUAUGCCAUUUUACCUGAUGGGGAAGUGGUUGGAGAUUCUGCAAAAUAUGAUAUUGAAAAUUGUCUGGCAAACAAGGUGGAUUUGAGCUUCAAACCAGUACAAACUCUUCCAGCCUCACAUGCCCACCUGCGAGUCACAGCUUCUCCUCAGUCCCUCUGUGCUCUCCGAGCCGUGGACCAAAGUGUGCUGCUCAUGAGGCCCGAGGCUGAGCUCUCUGCAUCAUCGGUUUAUAAGCUUCUACCAGUGAAGGACCUCACUGGCUUCCCUGAAGAUUUGAAUGAGGCUGAAGAUCAUGGAGACUGUGUCAAUCGUGAUAAUGUCUAUAUUAAUGGAAUCCGGUAUUCCCCAGUGUCAAAUACAAAUGAAAAAGAUAUGUAUAGCUUCCUAAAGGAUAUGGGCUUAAGAGUAUUCACAAACUCAAAGAUUCAUAAACCAAAAGUAUGUACACAGACUAUUGCGUAUCAAGCAAGAUUUUCAGAAUAUGACGAUUCAGUUGCACUUUACAGUAGCCAAAUUCAGGAGAUAGAUGCGCCAGUAUCUCACAAAGAGACUGUAAGAAAGUACUUCCCUGAGACCUGGAUCUGGGACUUGGUGGUGGUAGACUCAUCGGGUGUAGCUGAAGUAGGAGGAACUGUCCCUGACACCAUCACUGAGUGGAAGGCAGGGGCCCUCUGCCUGUCCAAUGACACUGGGCUUGGUCUCUCUCCCACCGCCUCUCUCCGAGUCUUCCAGCCCUUCUUUGUGGAGCUCACAUUGCCCUACUCUGUGGUCCGUGGAGAGGCCUUCACUCUCAAGGCCACUGUGUUGAACUACCUUCCCAAAUGCAUCCGGGUCCGCAUACAGCUGGAAACCUCCCCCACAUUCCUAGCUGUCCCAGUGGAAAAGGGGCAAGGGUCUCAUUGCAUCUGUGGUGAUGGGCGGCACACUGUGUCCUGGGAAGUAACUCCAAAGUCAUUAGGAAAUGUGAAUUUCACUGUGAGUGCAGAAGCACUGGAGUCUCAGGAGCUCUGUGGGAGUGAAGUGGUUAUGGUCCCUAAAUAUGGAAAGAAAGACACAAUCAUCAAGCUACUGUUGGUUGAACCUGAAGGACUAGAGAAGGAAGUAACAUUCAACUCACUCCUUUGUCCCUCAGGCCCUGGGGAAUCUGAACAAUUAUCCCUGAAGUUGCCACCAAAUGUAGUAGAGGAAUCUGCCCGAGCCUCUGUCUCAGUCUUGGGAGAUAUAUUGGGCUCUGCAAUGCAAAACACACAGAAUCUCCUCCAGAUGCCUUAUGGUUGUGGAGAACAGAAUAUGGUUCUCUUUGCUCCUAACAUCUAUGUUCUGGAUUAUCUAAAUGAAACACAGCAGCUGACUCCAGAGAUCAAAUCCAAAGCCAUUGGCUAUCUCAACACUGGUUACCAAAGACAGUUAAACUACAAGCACCACGAUGGCUCUUAUAGCACCUUUGGGGAGAAAUAUGGCAGGAACCAGGGCAACACCUGGCUCACAGCCUUUGUACUGAAGACUUUUGCCCAGGCUCGAAAAUAUAUCUUCAUUGAUGAAACACACAUUACCCAAGCCCUCACCUGGCUCUCCCAGAAGCAGAAGGACAAUGGCUGCUUCAGGAGCUCUGGGUCACUGCUCAACAAUGCCAUAAAGGGAGGAGUAGAAGAUGAAGUCACCCUCUCUGCCUAUAUCACCAUAGCCCUUCUGGAGAUUCCACUCUCAGUCACUCAUCCUGUUGUCCGCAAUGCCUUGUUUUGCCUGGAUUCAGCCUGGAGGUCGGCAAAGGAAGGAGCCCAUGGCACCCAUGUCUACACCAAGGCACUGUUGGCCUAUGCAUUUGCCCUGGCAGGUAACCAGGACAAGAGGAAAGAAAUAUUGAACUCACUUGAUGAGGAAGCUGUAAAAGAAGAUGAUACUAUCCACUGGACACGGCCUCAGAAACCCAAGGCACCACAGGGACUUCUGUACCAACCCCAGGCUCCCUCUGCUGAGGUGGAGAUGACGGCCUAUAUGCUCCUCACUCUCCUCACAGUCCAGCCAGCCCCGACCUCAGAGGACCUGACUUCUGCAGUGCCCAUUGUAAAGUGGAUCACAAAGCAACAGAAUUCCCAUGGUGGUUUCUCCUCCACCCAGGACACAGUGGUGGCUCUCCAUGCUUUGUCCAAAUAUGGAGCAGCUACUUUUACUAGGACUGGGAAAGCUGCACAGGUCACCAUCCAGUCUUCAGGGAAAUUUUCCUCAAAAUUCCAAGUGGACAACAGCAACCGCCUGUUACUACAGCAGGUCUCCUUACCAACAGUGCCUGGGGAAUACAGUGCAAGAGUGACGGGAGAAGGAUGUGUCUACCUCCAGACAUCCUUGAAAUACAAUAUUCUCCCAGACAAGGAAGACUUCCCAUUUGCUUUAGAGGUACUGACUCUUCCCCAAACUUGUGAUGGACCCAAAAGCCGCACCACCUUCCAGAUCUCAAUGAAUAUCAGAUACACUGGGAGUCGUCCUGCCUCCAACAUGGUCAUUGCUGAUGUAAAGAUGGUUUCUGGCUUCAUCCCCCUGAAGCCAACAGUGAAAAUGCUUGAAAGACUGAACCAUGUGAACCGGACUGAAGUCAGCAACAAUCAUGUCUUGAUUUACCUGGAUGAGGUGUCGAAUCAGACACUGAGCUUGUCCUUCACAGUUCUGCAAGAUAUUCCAGUAAGAGAUCUGAAACCAGCCAUAGUGAAAGUCUAUGAUUACUAUGAGACAGAUGAGUUUGCAAUUGCUGAGUACAGUGCUCCUUGCAGCAAAGAUCAUGGAAAUGUCUGAGAACUACGUGAACAAAAAGUACUUUGCUAUGUAGUCUCUGUUCACAGGACUUCACAGAAAAGAAACUCUUCUUGCAUCUUCAAAGAUUUGAUAAAUAAACCUUUUUUCUUAUCAGUUUC